GCAGAAACUAAGGAAGAAGAAGGAGGUUUAGUGUGGGACAGCUGUCAGGAGCAGUGCAGCAUCGUGGGAAUGAUGACGGUGAACAUUGUGGUGGAAUAUUGCGAGCCUUGUGGGUUUAAAUCCCAUUAUGAGGAGCUGGCUAGUGCAGUACGGGAGGAGUUCCCCGAUGUGUCGAUCGACUCUCGCCCUGGUGGAACAGGAGCUUUUGAAAUUGAAAUAAACGGACAAUGUGUUUUCUCCAAGCUGGCAUGUGGUGGCUUCCCUUAUGAAAAAGAUUUGAUGGAGGCAAUUCGGAAAGCCAGCAGAGGAGAACCUGUGGAGGAGAUCACUAACAGCAGAGCACCCUGCGUCAUCUUGUAA